AAGAUGCAGUGGACCCCAGAGCACACACAAUGGGCAGAGCAACACUUUGACAUCUCAUCCACUACCCGCUCGCCAGCACACAAAGUAGAGGCCUACCGGGGGCACUUACAGCGAACGUACCAGUAUGCGUGGGCAAAUGAUGACAUCUCUGCACUGACUGCCUCCAAUCUGCUUAAGAAAUAUGCAGAGAAGUACUCUGGGAUCCUAGAGGGCCCAAAUGAAAGAGCCCUGCUGUGUUCCUACUCUGAUAGCACCACUGGACUCAUGAAUGGACGAAAGUCAGAGAAUGAGUCCUGGCAGGAGGGGAUUUACCCAAUGAACUGUGCUCCAGAUGUUAUAUCUGUGAGCAAAGCUGGAAUGACAGCUGCCCUACCCCCUACAGAUGUGUCGGCUAGCAUAGGCAGCUCCCCGGGGGUGGCCAGCAGCUUGUCUGAGCCGAGCUAUUCCAGCAGUAACUGUGGGAGCCACACAGCCACUACUCUCCACUCGGGCCUCACCUCUCAGGAAUAUACUGCCAGCUACAACGGCUCCUACCUGCAUUCUGGCUACAGCGGCCAGAGUACCCCAGCCCUCCCCUCCCCACACCCCUCUCCUUUGCACAGCGCUGGGCUCUUACAACCACCGCCCCCACCUCCUCCCCCCACCUUAGUGCCGAGCUACAACGCUGGGUCUCCAAACCUUCCCAACUACAAUUAUCCUCCAACAGGGUACCCUUCUCAGACUAGUGUUGGCCCUGGUUAUAGCCCUGGGGGAGCGCCCCCUCCUUCAUCUUAUCUGCCGUCCGGUAUUGCAGCUCCAACACCAAUCCCUCCCUCUACACUGCCUGGCUACACCUACCAGUCCCAUAAUCACACACCAAUUGCACCAACACCUUUGAAUGGCAGCACAUCCAACUCAUUAAAACGAAAAGCUUUCUACAUGAGCGGACAUGGAGAUAUGGACUCUAGCUUUGGCAAUUUCAACUACAACCAACAGCGCUCUUCACAGAGCCCAAUGUACAGAAUAGCAGACAGCAGUAUUUCAGACUCAAACAGGGGCAACGGCUUUGACAGAAAUGCAGAAGCAUCAUCUUUAGCGUUCAAGCCAACCAAACAGCCAAUGUCUUCUGAUCAACAAAGAAAAUUUAUUAUACACUCUGGCAGAGCACUAACUCCUCCAUCCUAUGGAUCAACCAAAAGCUCUGUGGGGGAUCUCAGAACUGGUGAGCCCUACAGCAAGUUUGGAUCCCCCAUCAUGAGCGAGCAAACUGAAGAGCACAGACAGCACCACUCUCACUCCCUAACAGGGCCUGAUAUUGGUACGGCUACCUCGUCCAUCCAUGCUGCGGAGGAACAACUCAAGAACAGUGACUCCAACCUGGUGGAGAUGGUGACCACAGAGAUCCUCCAGCAGGGCCCUCCAGUGGACUGGAGCGACAUUGCAGGUCUGGAUAUGGCCAAAGCAGCCAUCAAGGAGGAGAUACUAUGGCCCAUUUUAAGGCCAGAUAUGUUUAGUGGACUUGCCACAUUACCUCGGAGCCUCCUUUUAUUUGGACCUCAGGGAACCGGUAGAACGCUGCUGGCCCACUGCAUGGCCAGCCAACUGGGGGCUGCCUUCUUGCGACUCAGCAGCUCGGCUCUGGUGACCAAGUGGCUCGGGGAAGGGGACAAGAUCAUACAGGCUUCUUUCCUGGUGGCCCGGUGUCGCCAGCCAGCGGUUUUGUUCAUCAGAGAGGUAGACCUGCUGCUGUCAGCCCAGCUCAGUGAGGACAGCCCAGUGAGUCGCCUCAAGGCUGAGCUCCUCAUGCAGCUUGACAGUAUUCUGACCUCUGCUGAGGACCAUGUCCUUGUGGUCUGCUCCACCAAUAAGCCUGAGGAGAUCCCAGAGUCCCUACGGAGGUACUUUACCAAGCGACUGCUCAUCCCCUUGCCUGAUGGGACAGCACGACAUCAGAUAAUCAGCCAACUGCUCUCACAGCACAACUACUGUCUUAGUGACAAAGAGAUGUCACUACUGGUUCAGAGGACAGAGGGCUUUUCGGGACUGGAUGUGGCCCAGCUGUGUCAAGAGGCCGUGGUAGGUCCUCUCCAUGGCAUUUCUGGUCCUGACCUGUCAAGCAUCCAUCCCACUCAGAUGAGACCAGUCUCCUACCAAGACUUUGACAAUGUGUUUUGCAAAUUCCAGCCCAGCAUAUCACAAAAAGAACUUGACAUGUACACUGAGUGGAAUAAAAUGUUUGGUUGUAGUCAAUGA